AUGUCUCUGACGAAUCAAUCCGGUUCACUGAAUGUCACGUAUCUGGCAGUGUACAAUGAUUUUGUCACAAAUGUCCCAGUGGAAAUUACGGGAGCAGCAAGGGACUGGCUGCUAGCGACACACUCUCAGUCGCUAUUUACGCAACAGCAGCUAGGUCAAAGUGUAAUUGACGUAGAAACCAGGCAGCGAGCAGUGCUCGAUGCCAAUACUGCUGAAAUAGCCCUGCUAAGACUAGCCAUUCAAGGCUUGCAAGCAGGGCAAGCGGCAGUAGCCCCUCCAGCCCCUCCAGCCGUGACUCGACCAAAACAGAAAGUUGCCACACCUGAGAAGUUCUCAGGUCAUGGUGCCCCUAAGAUCAAGGAAUGGCUCGAACAGGUCUAUCUAUACCUGGACGAUGUCACCGACGAGCAGCUUAGAAUAAAGCUGUCCCUGUCGUACCUUGAAGGGGAUGCCCAUGACUACAUGGACAACUACUACACUUUGUCCCAAAAUUAA